AUGAGCUUUUGGAAACCGACACUGCUCCGGCGGCUUGGCGCCGCUGCUCUUCUGCAGCAGCAGAGGCGCUUGCGUGUGGGCAGUGCCGUCACCUCGCCGCUGUACUUCCACCAGCAGCAGCAGCGGCAACGAGGGCAAUCCACGAAAUCGCGGCAAGUGGCGCUCGCUUCGGCUGUUGCCGCCUUCUGCUUCUCGUCUGGACGCAGCGAAGUGCCUCUAGGAGACGUCUCAGAUUUUCCAGAAGGAGGGAUUUACGAAGUCACUGUCAACGAGGCAAAGGAUAAAGUCUUGGUAGCUCAUAUGGACGGCAAAUUCUACUGCACGGGAGCCACGUGCCCCCAUUAUGGAGCUCCACUCGUCAAAGGUGUAGCAACACGAGACCACGUCACAUGUCCUUGGCACGAUGCGAAGUUUGACUUCAAGACGGGGAAGUGUAUUGCGGGGCCUGUGGCGAAAGACAUUCAGAGUUAUCCCGUGACGAUCAAGGGAACCACGGUAUUUGCGAGUCUGCCUCCCCGACUCGAAGACGAAAAAGCCCCGACGUGCAAGGGCCUCUCUGCACGCCUAGGAGCAGAUGCGGCUCACAGAGCAAGCGCCUUUGAGAACCGAUCGAGCUCAGGGGAACCUCCUUGCACCGUUGGUUUACGCAGUGGGGUGGAGCGCUCGCUGUGGGCAUUCUUCGACCUCAGAAGACAUCGCCGCUGGCGAGGGGUUAUGACUGCCUCGAUGUGCUGUCUGCAGGCCUUCCACGACAGCACGUUUGUAGUUGUUGGGGGUGGCGCAGCGGCGUCUGCUGCGGUAGAAGAACUUCGCGCGCUAGGCUUUCGAGGCAAGCUUGUGAUGAUUUCUAGAGAAGAGCUGCCUCCUUACGACCGCAUCAUGCUAAGCAAGAACAUCCGAUGCGAACCCGAAAACAUCCUGCUCCGCCCGAGAGAAUAUUUGACGGAGACGCUUCAAGUUGAUUUGCGCCUUGGAGAGACGGUCCAGACCAUCAACGCAGACACACAAACUCUCAAAACGAACCGGGGUCAUGAGCUUCACUACGAUAAGCACGUCGUUGUGGGCUCGUCUUUCAUUGGAGUUGAAAUUGCUGCAGCGCUUAAGAAAAUAGGCGUCAAGGAUGUCACAGUAGUCGGCCGUGAGUCGGUUCCCUUUGAGCGGGCACUCGGGCAGCGCGUCGGUGGAGCCUUCAAGAAUUUGCUGGAGUCUAACAACGUCACCUUCAUCCCCGAGGCGGAAGUUGCAGAAUUCAUGACGAGGAACGGCAAUGUCAUCGGGGUGAAGCUCAACAACGGGAACGUCUUGGCCGCUGACAGGGUGGUUGUCGGGGUUGGCGUCACUCCAGAUCUCCCUGCCAUACAGAGUAGCACGCCAGUCAAGCAAGGUUCCCAAGGCGGAUUGCUCGUCGAUCCUUUGCUCUCGUCUGCCUCUCAUCCAACGAUAUUCGCUGCGGGAGAUAUUGCAAGCUUCCCGUAUGUCAAGUCGGGCCAGGAGACACGCGUCGAGCACUAUGCCACUGCUAUGGAUCAGGGCAGAGCAGCCGCAGCGAAUAUGCUGGGUCUCAAUAAGCCUUUCACGGCGCUUCCUUUUUUCUGGACGAUGGUUUUUGGGAAGGGGCUGAGGUACAUCGGUAACGGCGCCGGCUUCGAGGACGUCAUUAUAGAAGGCGAUCUCGCCAAAAUGCAGUUCGUCGCUUACUACACGAAAGGCGAAAAGGUCAUUGCUGCUGCAACAAUGGGCAAGGAUCCAGUUUGCGUCGCUAUUGGGGAAGCGAUGCAGGCAAACAUCAUGCCAACUGCGACAGAGCUGCGCAUGGGCUUGCAAAACUCACAAGAUAUUUUGAAUAGAGUCAAGGUGCUUUUGGCGCAGAGAGCACAGGCGCAGGAAGAAGUGCAGCCGCAGUCCUUCACCGCCGAGUCUUCGAGCAAGUCUUCGCCUUUAAACGUUAGUCCCGCCUUGCGAGUGUGUACCAUGAGAUGGUGA